AUGUUAUUAAUAAUUCUAUUUUCUAUAGCUACUUUUGCAUACGUGCAUAAAGAGGAAUAAUAUGUGAUAGAUGUUUAUAAUCGAAUGAAUUACAUAAAAGAAUUCCUUUCAUAGUUGGAGUAUUAUACUGCUUUAGAGAAAUUAGAGGGAAGAGCAAAAGAAAAUUUAGAAUUUGAAGAAGAAAGUUAGACAAUAUAUAUAGAGCAUUAUUAAGAAGUAUAAAGUAGUAUUUGAAGUUAAAAGUUAUUAAAAUCAAUGAAGACAUAAUAGAUUUGUCAUAAAAAUGAGAAGGAAGACAUGAAAAUGUUUUUAAGGGAAACUUUUCCAGAAGCAAUUGAUAAGAUAAAACGUAUAAUAGGAGAUAAAGUAUGAUUGUAUAAUAAAAUAAGGAAAAACUGAUAGAAGGAGAUAUUAAAGAAUUAGGGAAGAUAAAACAUUCUUAAUCUGAAGAUAUAAGUAAACGUUUUGAGGAAUUUAAUUAUUUGCAUCUAAAAAUAUAAGAAGGUAUAAAUAGAUGGAUAAAAUGUUUUGAUUAGUAUUAGAAUCAAAUGAUGAAUAAGACAUAUAUAAGGCUUUAGAGUUAUUAGAGUCUAAGAUAAUGAUAGGUUCAUUUAAAUAAAUGUAGAAAUAAGAAGUUGAUUUUUUUAUGAAAAGCGUUGAUAAAUUAUUUCGUGAAAAAACAAAUCCUUAUAAAAAAGAAGAAUCAAUAUAGUUAUUAAGUUUAAUGAGAAGUGUUAUAUCAGAAUAUUUAAUAACAAUGAUGAAUGAUUAACUUGAGCAAUCAUUUGAUUAAUUAGAAAAAGAGCUUUUUUUCGUAUAAUCAAAACAUACACAUAUGAAUGCUAAAGAUUAAUAUGUAAAUCUUCUAUAAAGAUUAGAAUGUAUAUUAUUAUUAAUUAUUAUAUUUAGAGAAUCAUUAUAUAAUAUGGAAAGAUAUUUUAGAAAUGCAUUUUGAUAAUACUAUGUUAGAAAUAGCAGAAAAACAGUAAGAUACUUCAAAUAAAAUUGGGAAUCGUGCUGUAUAAUAUCAUUCAUAAAUGUAAGAAAUGUUUAAGGCAAUGUUAGAACGUUUUUUAUAAAGAUGA